AACCUGGGAAGAGAACAACGUCGUUCCCGCCAAAUUAUAAACGUUAAGCAGCUAGACGAGGUUUGCGGCGGCGACGUCGGUGGCAAACUCUGUUCGCUUUUAAGAUAAGCUGUGUGAGAGCAUGUCAUCCUUUAGUGAGAUGAGAAAUCUGCUUCUUUUUUUGUACGAUAGUAAAAUCAUCAGUGACGAAGAAUUUUUGACCUUGUACGAAAGUUACAGUUCCAAGAAUCCAGAAUUCCCUUACAGCUCAUACCCUAAGUUUGAUUUCGACCAGAUGGAUGAAUCAGAGUGUUUAGCGGAGUUCAGAGUGCGAAAACAGGACAUAACGUUAUUGGCAAAUGUCCUUCAAUUACCAGACACUAUCCGCUGUCCACAAAGAACAACGUGUCACCGAACUGAAGGGCUUUGUAUGCUUCUGAAGCGCUUCUCGUAUCCAUGUCGCUAUUCAGACAUGAUUCAUCGUUUCGCAAGACCAGUUCCUGAGAUAAGUAUGAUUACCAAUACAAUGAUGGAUCAUAUUUUUUUGAGCCAUGGUCAUCGUAUUUCACAAUGGAAUUUUGAUAUAUUGAGUCCGCCAAUGCUACAGGAGUAUGCAGAUGUUAUUCAUGCAAAAGGUGCACCUCUCAGCAACUGCUUUGGGUUUAUUGAUGGAACAGUCAGACCAAUUUCUCGCCCAGGCCAACACCAAAGAAUAGUGUACAAUGGCCAUAAACGUGUACAUUCCCUCAAGUUUCAGUCCGUCGCUCUACCAAAUGGACUCAUUGGAAAUAUGUAUGGGCCUGUCGGUAAGUUAACAGUUGUUGCAACUUAUCUUAGUAUCUUACGGUUAGGGGUCUGUGUUGAUCGUAACUCUUUACAUACAGUGCGUAUUCUGUGCCCAGAUGUUGAUAUUGAUUAA